AUGACGCGCACCCGGCUGAGCUCUCGUCCCCCUCCGUCCGCCGCCGCCCACGAGAACGACACGUACCCGCUGUUCCCGGUUUACCGCCGAUGCCGCAAGGAAGACGACAUCAGCAGGUGCAUCGACAUGCUCCACGAGAAGCGGCACGCCGUGCGGGAGGCCGGCCUGCAGGGCCUCGUCGGCAUCCUCAAGAGGGGCCUCGACCCCGUCGAAUCGAUGGCGUUGCAGGCGGCGACCGCGGUGGCCGCCAUCGACUGCCUCGCCGCCGUCGCCUUCGCCUGCGCGCGCUGGCCGUGGGACGCGAAUCCGGCCAUGGGCGCCAUCCACGGUGUCAUCAACAAGCUCGCGGGAACCACCGCGACGGGCUCCUCUGAGGUCCUGAUCUCCGCCGUGUCCGCGUGGGCGCUGCUGGCCGCCACCGUCGCCUACACGCCGUCGUCGUCCAUGACCCCGUGGCGUGGCCUCACCGAGCUCCUCGAUUCCGACGACCCCGCCGUGCUCUUGACCGCCGCCGAGGCGUUGGCCGUGUGCGCCGAGCGCAAUCUGACGGAGAUUGCAUCCUCCUCCUCGGCCGAGGACGUACAUGCUCUCAAGACCAAAGUGUCGAUCCUGGCCGCCGAGGCGAGAGGCCGUGGCGUGGACAAGAAGGCACACGCCAAGCAGACACGCCUGUUCGCGCAGAUUGACGACAUGAUGAAGCACGGAGCCCGCGGGCGCCCGAGGAAGGCGAUGCUGCGGACGAGCACGACGUCGACGAGCGGGGGCUGCCUGCUCGAGGCUCCCAGAUGGGCCAGGCGAGCCCAGCUCAAGUUCCUGACGCGGUUCCUCGGCGAUGGCUUCGGAACUCACAGCCGGUUCAACCCGCUCAUCCAUGAGGAUUCAGACUCCGACGACGACGAGUCAGGCUCCGACGACUGUGAGUCGGGCUCCGAUGACGACGGCUGUGAAUCAGAGUCCGAUGGCGAUGGCUCCGACUCGGGACCUGACGAUUGUGAGAGUGGCUCCGACGACCACGGCGACCCAGACUCGUGCUCCGCCGCCGCCUAUGAAGAAUUUCUUCUGACGGGUUUUUUUCUUGAUGGGACCGCCGGCGCCGAUGAAGAGUUUGUGAUGGUUGACCACGACGAGAACGAGGAGUUUGUGAUGGUUUAA